AUGUCGGGUUACCAGCCGGGAGGCGGGGUACCUGGCGACGAGUCACAGGUAGGGUUACCACCGUCGCAAGGAGGCCCGCAGCGGGGAUUCGUGCGACCACAGCGUGCGACCGGUAACCAUCGCAGAGCGAUGUCGUUCAGCGGUGGCCAGGCGUCGAGCUCCAUGGAAUUUUCCGCGGAAGCAUUUUCCCGCGAAGGGUUUCAACAUCCGCAGCAGCGAUCGCAUGCGAUGCAGCAGCAGCCAUCUUUCCCACAGCACCAGCAGCAGCAGCAGCAGCAUCAGCAGCAACAACAGCAGCCUCCGUCGCAGAUGCAGCAGCAGGGACGGUCACCGGUGCGCUCUGCCUCACAUGACGGCGACGGCAGCAGUCGGCCGUUAGUCGCCGGCAGCAGGUCCCCCCAAGGACCUGUCGCGGCCGGCCCGCGCCCCGCUGCUGUGCGUGUGCCCGCAAUGCGAGGGGCAGCGGGCGGGGGAAGGGGGAGCUCCGCCGCAGCUUCCGCGAUUUCAUAUGCCGGCGCUAAAGUUGGGGACGAGGAGGAGGAGGAGGGCGAGGACGAAUACGAGGAGGAAGAGAGUCCGCAGCGGGUGGGGCGUCAGGAUUCCGUCCGGAGCUCCAUUUCCGAUACCAGCGCCGACCGCGUGGGCGGAAGGAGCGGGUUACGCCCGCAGCGAAUGAAGAACGGACCGGACGGGGGGAGCGCAUCCUUGCGCAUGCCCCCGCGCCCCCCCGGUGCGAACCCCGCGGCCUAUGCGGGGGCGAACCCGCCCGUCGACAGCCCGAUGGCCCGCCAGCAGCACCGGCGAGGCGCGUCGUUCGACUCGCGCGUGGUCACGGAGUCGUUGAGUGGUCCCCCCUCAUUCCCCUCCCCUUCCUCCUCCUCAGGCGCGGCUCCGUCAGGAGGUCCCUCUUCCCCCCAUGUGCUUUCGCAGUCGCGCUCGGCGAAUCUCUCCCGCGCGCCGGUCUCCGGUGGUGCGCCGACCAGGGAUCAGCGCGCCUCAGCGGGGAUCAGCGGCUUUGCAGGGAAUGCGGGACGCGCCGGCGGUGGCGAUGGUAACGUCGCGGUUAGCAGCGGUGCUAGUAGCGUUGGAAGCGGUGCUGGUUUUAACGCAAAUAGCGGAGGUGGUGGCGGCGUGAGGGGUCCGGCCGGGUCGCAGGCGGGGUCGCAGGCUGCGUCACAGGCUGGGUCGCAGGCGAGGUCGCAUGGGUCGCAGGCAGGGUCGCAAGCUGGGUCGCGGCCGUGGCACCGCCGCUCGCUGUCGACGCCCGUGGAAGAGUUCGCGCCGCAAUUAUCCUCCCCCACCACCAGGCCGGUGCCGCCUGGCAGAGGGGGCGCAGGGGGGUUGGGGGGGUUAGGGGGAGUUGGGCGAGCAGGGGGAGGGCCAGGCCCAGCAAUGUCCGCCCGCUCGCCGCCCCAGGCUCCGAGUUCCGGUAUGGGCGUGAGCAUGGGCGCGGGCAUGGGCGCAGGCAUGGGCGCGGAUAUUGGCGGGGGCGCCUUUGGCAGCGGGAGAGGCGCGGAUGGGGCGCCAGCAGCGCGCGGAAGGGGACGGGGCAGGGGCAUGGAGGGGAGAGGAGAGAUGGCGUUCCGGGGCGGGCGGGCGGGAAUGGGCGGAGUGGGGGGGAUGGGGGGACGGGGGCGGGGGCGCGCGCACCACCGCGCGUUCUCAGAGUCCCAGAUGGGGUUCCUUCACACCACGGAUUUUAGCUCCAUGCAGGAGGACGCGGAAGGGGGACAGGCGGAGUGGGGUUCCGCCGCUGGCGCGCAGGGCGGUGGGGGAAUGCCAGGGGGGAUGGGCGGAGGCAGGGGCGCGGCAGGGGGGAGAGUACUAGGGGGAGGAGCGGGGAAAUCGCGGUUUUUGAGCGUGCAGGAGACGAGACGAGGGGAAGGUGCGCUUAGCAGGCUGGGAGCAGGUAUUGGAGGGAGCGUGAGAGAGACGCGUGACUAUAACGAAGGUUCGGAAUGGAUGGGUGGGGAUCCGAGACGGCCGAUGGCGCUAGCGGAAGGGAGUGGGGUGCGGAACGGUGGGGGGCGGGGGGGCAGGGCGGAGGAGUAUGGAAGAGAUGGAGGGGGCGGCGGUGGUGGUAGUAUGAGUGGCGCCGGUGGCGAUAAUUAUGAUGAUGAUGAUGAUGAUGAUGAUGAUGGUGAUGAUGAGAGACAGGCAGGUAUGGGUGGGGCACCGAGCCUGGGUGGUAGGGGCGGGAGAGGGCCGGGCGUUGUUCGUGGCAUGGCACGGGGCGGCAUGGGCGGCAGAGGGGGCAUGGGCGGGCGGCACAGGCGCACGAGCUCGGAGUCGCAGGCUGCAGCAGCGUUCUACAGCGCGCCUGGAGAUGACUUCUUCUGGAGCGGUGGGGGUGACACGGGCGCGCCCCCUGUGAGGCAGGGCGGGCAGCGGGGACUGGGGCAACAAGGGCAGGGGUCUGGGCAGGGGCAGGGGCAGCAGGGCGUGGGGUCAGGACGGAGUUUGCAGAGAGUCGGGGGAGAGGCAGGGAGGGGAGGAGGCGACGCGGGGCGGGGGAGGAUGCACGGUGCAGGUGGGCGUGGUGGCACUGCUGGUGCUGCUGGUGCCAGUGGGAGGGGUGCGGUUGGGCCCGCCGGUGGGAGAGGGCAGGGGGGGGUGGGGAGAGGUGCAGGGAGUGUUGGCAGGGGUGGUGGCAGCUCUGUGAGAGCCCAGCAGCAGCAGCGACAGCAGCAGGGGCAGCCGGAGCAAGAGCAGGGCCCAGAGCAGGGGCAGUGGGGGGAGCAGGCGGAGGAGUGUGAGCCACCGGAGCUGUCUAGGGAGCUGACGUUCCGAGUGAACCUGGAGCAGCCGGUGGUGGAGAGAGAACCCGCGCUGGAGCGCGAACUCACCUUCCGCAUGGGCGCGACCUGA